GUAAAAAGUAAGACCUAUGAUUGAUUUCGCUGUUCUUCCCCACACCAAAUCUUAAAUAACGGAAAUAAGACGACCCUUCAUGUUGGAAAUUGGGUAUAUAGAAUUGAAAAGCCAGCGAAAUAGAUUCCACGAAAUUUCAAUUCCUUGCUUUUCCAAAUUGUUUAUUUUUAUUCUAACUUAAGAUCAACGAUAACCAUUGCACGCAGAUCAGCAUCUCUGCUUUCUCAUAUCCAAGUCAAAAUCAAUCCUUCUUUAAUCUAUCAUUCUUCCAAAGCAGAGCUUAUUGAAGAGCUAUGCUGCACAAGAGCUUCAAGCCAGCGAAAUGUAAAACGGCUUUGAAGCUAGCGGCUUCGCGCAUAAAAUUAUUGAAGAAUAAGAGAGAAGCGCAGCUGAAGCAGCUGAAGAGGGAAUUGGCUCAAUUGUUGGAGACUGGCCAGGACCAGACUGCCAGAAUUCGGGUUGAGCAUGUGGUUCGGGAAGAGAAGACAAUGGCUGCAUAUGAUCUUAUUGAGAUAUACUGUGAACUUAUUGUAGCACGUUUGCCAAUCAUUGAGUCACAGAAAAAUUGUCCCAUUGACUUGAAGCAAGCAAUCUCAAGUGUAAUUUUUGCAUCUCCAAGAUGUGCGGAUAUACCUGAAUUGAUGGAUGUCCGUAAGCAUUUUACUUCAAAAUAUGGGAAAGAAUUCGUCUCUGCAGCAGUUGAACUACGUUCAGACUGUGGUGUUAGCCGCCUGUUGGUGGAAAAACUGUCAGCCAAAGCACCUGAUGGUCCCACCAAAAUGAAAAUUCUGAGUGCCAUUGCUGAGGAACAUAAUGUUAAAUGGGAUCCUAAAUCAUUUGGAGAAAAAGAUAUUAUGCCUCAUGAGGACUUGCUGAAUGGACCAAAUACAUUUGAGCAGGCCAGUAAAAUGCAUGUGGAGCCUCCUAAUGUCCAACAGCCACCAAAUAGUAUUGACAGGGGGCAUCCUAAUUUCAAAGCUCCUUCCAAUUACUAUGAUAAACAUGAACAAACUGCUAACUCAUAUGGAUCCAAUUCAAGUUCCUCACAACAUUACCAAAAUGUUACUUCUCCCGCUGUUGGUACUAGUCAGGCAAUGCCAACAGGCACGUCUCAUCUCGAUCCAAGAACUAUAGGAACUGGAUGUGAAGAGAUGGAAUUUAGGCAUUCAUAUGCUGCAGAACAGAGUGGUUUUUCUGUUGGUAGGCAGAGUUGGAAUAUGGAAUUCAAGGAUGCCACAGCUGCUGCACAGGCAGCUGCUGAAUCUGCAGAACGAGCAAGCAUGGCUGCCAGGGCUGCUGCAGAACUUUCCAGCCAAGGAAGGAUAACCAGGCAGCAUUUGAGAGAGAAGGAAUCAGUUUUCAGAUCAAGAGAUGAAGGGCUUCAAACGUAUGCCGGCUCCAGAGUGGAAGGUGAAUAUCUUGCCAAAGAUCCAGUAAAUAAAACCCCUCAUAAAAGGAUAACCAGACAACAUUCAACAGAAACAAAGAAGGCCUCUGUUUUCAGAUCAAGAGACGAAGGGAUUCAAACGUAUGCUGCAUCCAGAGUGCAAGGUGAACAUCUUGCCAAAGAUCCAGUAAAUAACACGACUCAUAGAAGUAAUUCUGGCAUGAAUCAUGAACAAAGUUUUGAAAAUGAACAAGAUGACAUGGCGGGAUUAGCUGAAAGGUUUAACAAUCUCAAGAGCACUAAUAGACCUAGUCAGCUCGCUUCCUCAAAAUCCAGCAGUAGUUCUGUAAAUGAUUACCCACUGGUGAAUGAUUUUCAAAUGGCAGAUAGUCAUUAUAGAAAGAACUUAUCUGAAUUAGAGAAGAGUGACCUAGUGGGUGAAGCAAAUAUAAAGGGAGAGUCUAGUGAAUCUGAGGUAGAACUUGUGAGUGAAGUGCAUGAUGAAAUGAGAUCAGAAAAUGUUGGUUAUUUUGAAGCAACCAGCAAUAGAGAACAGUCUAGCAGCGUUUCAUCUCAUUCUCAUUCUCAAAUUUCUAGGGAUGAUCACAAUGUUUUUUCGAGUUUCAGCCACCAGAAAUUUAGUGAGGAAGCUGCUAAGGAACCUUAUAUUUUUUAUGAAGGAAACUUCCAAAGAAAUACCAAAGAAACAAACCCAUUUGAUAAUGCUUCUGUGGUUUUUGAUGAUUCUGGUUCAGAUGAUGAUGGACUUAAGCUUGAUGACAAGGGUGAAUAUAAUGGCCAAGAUUCUGGUUCAUAUUAUCUGUCAGAAGGUAGAAAAUCAUCUUCUCAUCUUUUAGCAAAUACAAGUGCGGACAGCCCCAGGCUAAACAUGGAAGAGUCACUAGGAAAGUCCAGUUCACAAUCUCCUUUUGCCUCUGGCUGGCACACCACAAGUGUAUUUUCUGAAGGCUUGACAAGUGAUACAGUUUCUUCACAAGCUGAUGAAUCGUUACCUGUGACUUUUGAUGAGUCAGAUGGCCCAAGCUCAGAAAGUGAAGGGGAGCUCAACAAGUCUAAGCUUGUUGAGAGUACACAUACUGGCUCUUUUCCUCAUAAAGAUAUUGCUUGCUCCGGUAACCCUGAGACAACCCAGAAUGAGAGACAUCACUUUAUAGGAUCUUCACUAGCAGAAAAGGAAAAUGUGGGAUCCAACAGAAAAAAUCAGGGAAAUGAAGUUGGUGCUGAAACUGAUAGGACGUUCAGUUAUGGUUACUUGCAUACCAAUCCAACUUCUCACAGGCUUGCAAAAUCCCAAACAAAAUCCAACGACAAUCCGAAAACUUCAGGGUUUUCAUCAGUCAAGGACGAUAUUCAAAGUUACCAAUCAGUGUAUAACUUGGAGGAUACCAUAUCUAUUAAAGAAUCGAGUUUGGAAAGUGGUAAAGAGUUGAAUUUUGCAAUAUUGACAGGUGGCCUUCGAAAUAAGGGUUAUAGGCAUCCACCAUACCGUAGGAAUCCAUCAGAUAAUUCUUCAGUGUCCAAGCAAGCAGAAGAGGAUCAUUAUACCAGGUUUAAGCAGUCCUCUUCUUCCCUCGAUGUUGAUAUUGGUUCUGGAGCUGGUGAUCAAGAGCCAUAUGGUCAGAUGGUGCACCCAAAAAUAAAUAAAAACUCAAGCUUAGGAACCCCAGUUCCACAUUCUGAUGCCAGUGAUGAUGAGUCAGAUGAGGAACUUGCAAAACAGACUCAAGAGCCAUACAUUCAUAAAGCAGCACCCGAAGUGAAUAAAAAAUCAGGCUUAAGGAGCUAUUUUGACUUAGAUAAUAGUGAUUCUGAGGAGGAACUUCCUAAUCAGACAGUAACCAAAACUCGUCCAGGUCCUGGAUUGUCUAGACGGACAAAACAGACUGUAACCAGCAACACUCUUUCAAUUUCUGAGAGAAAUCCUUAUUUGAAGUCCAGGUUACCUUCUGACUCUUCAAUUACUCCAGAAUAUGCUAUGGAAAUGGAACACAAUUCAUCCUCAUCAAGUUCCUACACUAUAGAAGCUCAAGUGAUGCCUACUUCCCUGGAAAAGAGUUCUGAUUAUUGGGGUAGUUCUGAGCAGGGUAGAUCAACAGGGCAAAUUUUCUCUAAGCCAAUUUCACAAUCAAAGAGGGCCUUACGUGAGGAAUCAUCAUGAAGGAGUUCCUACACUACUGAUACUCAAUGUAAUCCUCCUCAGUCCAAAAAUUCAGAUAACUGGGGAAGUUCUGAGCAGCGUAGAUCAGCAGAACCAUCGAAACCGAUUAUGGAAUCUAAGAGGUACUCACAAGAGGAAAAUCUCAAGUCAUCAGCCUGGGAGCAACGAUCUAAUCCUCCACUCAGAACAGUAUCAUCAGGUGCUGCUGAAAGCACUAAGGCAUCCUGUUCAAAGGAUGAUACUCUAUCCAGGGAGAAUUCCAUUAAUAAGGCCAGUCAUGUGCACCCAAAACUUCCUGACUAUGAUGCUUUAACUGCACACCUACUGUCUCUCCGACAACAUCGCCAAUAAAAUACAGUUACUUUAGAAGAUAAGUAAUUUUGUUCUGGUUCAUUAUUCUUUUGCGUUGGCCUUGCGGGGUUACUCAUCUAAGAGUGGAAUGAGGAACAAAGUUUACAAGUUCUAAGGAUUAUAAUUUUUUUUUCUCAAAUUACAUCUUUUCCCCUUCCUGUAUUGGUUCUCUGGCUAUUUUUAGGUAUGUAAUGUAAAUAAUUGUCUUCCCAUGCUGUGCUGGAUGGCUAUAUGUGUACUAAGUUGCUGUACAGUAAUGUUUGAUCGCAAUGGGAUUGUAGAUUAAGUUGUUCAAGUA